AUGGAAGAAAUCUCAAGGAAAAGAAAAAUCAGAGGUGGCUACAGAGGGUACGUCUCUCAAAUAAUAGCAAAAAUCGGCGAUGAAAAUGAUGAAACAACGUUGGAAGGCCUCGUAACGCAAUUGGAAGAAAAAAGGGCCACGUUGAGAAAGUUAGACGAGGAAAUUUUGGAACUGAUUUCGGAAAAUGAUGACGAAGAUGGAAGUCGAUGUAUGGCAGAAAUAGAUGACGCAGGGCAGUUUCUACAGAAGAUUGACACUAGCCUCAUGAAGCUGAAAAACAAUUUAAAGGUUUCACGACAACCUCAAGCACCACCAUCUCAUGUCAACCUUCAGCGACAGGAUUCGGUUCUUUCUAAUGACAGUUUGGAUUCCAGCGUUUCCUCCACGAAGUUCAACAAGGUUCGUGCAAAACUGCCCAAAUUAGAGUUGAAGAAGUUCUCUGGACGCCCAAUUGACUGGCCCGAAUUCUGGGAUGGUUUCCGAAGUGCAGUCCAUGAAAAUGAAGAGCUUUCAGAGGUCGAUAAAUUCGCCUAUCUGCGACAUUACAUGGAGGAGUCAGCAAAAAAGGUAAUUUCCGGAUUUUCCUUGACUGAAAGAAAUUAUUGUAUUGCUUUGGAUCUCUUAAAGGAACGAUUUGCCCAACCUACGUUGAUUAAGCGUGCUCAUAUCAACGAGCUGCUGAAUGCAUCGCCAGUGUUUAACGAGAAGAAUAUUGGGAGGCUACGAGACUUAUGUGAUGGUUUGGAAACACACUAUCGUGCCUUGCAAGCCAUGGGGGUAGAUGAAGACUCGUAUUCUACGAUUGUUGUGCCUGUGAUUAUGGACAAAAUCCCUGAUGCUGUUAAGUUGAAUAUGAUACGUAACAUCAGCGGUCAUCGUGAAUGGGUGAUGGGAGACAUGCUACGUGCACUCAGGACAGAACUGGACAUCCGAGAACAGCAUACGUCAUUCUUCAAACAGGUUGGGAAUCCAUCUGCUGCGAAGGAGCGGUUUGACGUAAAACCAAGAAUUCCAGGAAGAACAACAACAGCAAGCGCACUGUUUGCAAAGCAAGAUGGCGGAGAGCAGAAAUCAAAACAAGGGACGUGCGUGUUUUGCAAUGGCAGUCACGAAGAGAAGGGAUGCAGCGAAGUCAAGACAAUCGAAGAUAGGAAGAAAAUUCUUUAUAAACAAGGACGCUGUCUACUUUGCUUGAAACGAGGACAUAAAGCCUACGAUUGCCGCACCAAGGUUUUAUGUAAUGUAUGUAGACGUAGACACCACGUUUCGAUUUGCGAUAAUUAUGUGUCUUCACAUGAAGCCAUCUCCAUACAGCCCAAUGCCCCUGAUAGUUUUAGUAGUACUGCUAAUACCACCUCUUGUUUAGGUAGCAUUGAAUAUGGGGGGAGAGCAGUACUACAAACGGCACUUGCACUUGUAAGGGAAGCAGAUAGGAAGGUUAAGGCACGCGUCCUUUUUGAUUCUGGUAGCCAUAAGACCUUUGUUACGCGUCAGGUUAAGGAGCAACUAGGCUUGCAACCCAUACGCCAGGAGAAGCUAGGUAUUAAAACCUUUGGGUCCCUGAAUGUGGAUGAGAGAUUGAGAGAAGUGGUGAGAUUAAGACUUGAGUCCACAGAGGGAAAGAAAGCAGGAGUUAUUGAGGCAUAUGUGGUUGAAAAUAUUUCAGAGGUACAAAAUGAGCAUGUUGAGGUAAUUAAACAAGAUUUUAAACACCUUAAAAAGAUAUGGUUCUCAGAUGUUUGUAGAUCACAAGAAGUGCUUGCAGUUGAUAUUCUUGUCGGAAUAGAUUUUCUGCACAGCUUGCAAGAUGGCAAGACUAUAAGAGGGGAGCCAGGCCAACCAGUUGCCAUAAAGACAAAGCUUGGUUGGGUAAUUUCUGGUCCGCUGAAAGGUAAGAAACUUAAUUCAGUUGAAACCUCUAAUGUCAACUUGAUAAUUCAACCGCAGAAAUCUAUUACUUUUAAUUGUAAUGAACCUCUAGAUAAAGAUGUACACAAAAUGUGGGAUUUGGAGACAAUAGGGAUAAAUAAAGUUGAUGAAAUUUAUGAAGACUUUCUUGAUAAUGUUGAGUUCACUGGCAAGCGUUACUCUGUGAAGCUUCCAUGGAAGAUGGGGCAUAAACCCAUCCCCACAAAUUAUUCAGUUAGUCUUUCCAGGUUGAAGUCACAAUUACGCCGAUUGAAAGCAACACCUGAAAUCUUAGAAGGCUAUGACAAUAUUAUCAAGGAGCAGUUAGAUAAUGGAAUUAUUGAAGAGGUUUCAGAAUUAGAAUCUUCCACAAAGACAUCCUAUUUGCCACAUCAAGCCGUAAUCCGCCAAGAUGCAGAAACGACAAAACUCCGAGUGGUGUAUGAUGCCUCAGCAAAAGAGGGCAGGUCAGGUACAUCUUUGAAUGAUUGCCUUCAUGUUGGACCCCCACUCACUCCGCUAUUGUUUGACAUUUUAUUGAGAUUUAGGGAGAAUAGGAUUGGAAUUAUAGCUGACAUUGAAAAGGCAUUCUUGAAUAUUGAAGUUGAUACACAAGACAGAGAUUGUCUCAGAUUCUUGUGGGUUGAAGACUUUAAUGCAAAAGAUUUAUCUGUGAUUGUGUAUAGGUUCAGAAGAUUGAUAUUUGGAGCUAAUUGUUCCCCAUUUUUGCUAAAUGCAGUGCUAAGAUAUCAUAUUGCAAAAUAUGAAGUAGUUGAUCCUCAAAUUGCUACUAAACUUGCCACAAGUUUUUAUGUUGAUGACCUAGUGUCUGGAAGUUCAGAUACGGAAGGCGGUAGAAAACUUUUUCUUUCAGCUAAAGAACAUAUGAAGGCUGCUGGAUUGAACCUCAGAAAAUGGAAAACCUCAGAUCCUGUCCUAGCAAAAGAAUUUGAAGAGGAGAAAAUCAUAACUGCGAGCCAAAAUGUUUCUCCCACUGAAGAAACAUAUGCUAAGGAAACACUUGGCUCUGAGGAAGGACACGAUAGUACAAAGGUUCUUGGUAUAUCUUGGAAUAUAGGAAGUGAUGACUUCACUUUUGAUUUCAGGAAAUUCAUAAAUAUUGAUGAGGAUGUAAAAGUAACUAAAAGAACCAUUCUUAGUAUAAUUGCAAAACUAUUUGACCCACUAGGACUUGUAAGCCCAGUCAUUGUAGGCCUUAAGAUUCUUUUCCAGGAACUCUGCACUUUGAAACUUGGAUGGGACGAUGAGGUACCUAAGGAUCAGAAGGUAGUCUUUGAUAGAAUUGUGUCUGAUCUAAAAGAAACUGGAAAUAUCUCUUUGCCCAGGUGCUUAUAUGGUAAGGAAACAGGUACUGUCAAAUCUUGCUAUCUCCAUGGAUUUGCAGAUGCUAGUAAAAAUGCAUACUGUGCAGUGAUCUAUCUUGUUUAUGAAACUGAUGAUGGUAUUUUUUCUAGGCUUAUUUGUGCAAAAACAAGGGUAGCCCCAUUGAAACAACUCAGUAUUCCUAGACUUGAGCUUAUGUCUGGACGUAUAUUGUCAACACUAAUGGACACUGUUUAUAAAGCAUUGAGCCCUCAGGUGAAAAUUGAUGGAUGCAGAUAUUGGUUAGACUCAAAAACUGCUCUUUACUGGAUCAACAAUCAAGGGCUCUGGAAACAAUUUGUCCAGCACCGUGUUAAUGAGAUAUUACAGAUCUCAGAUAAAAGGAACUGGGGUCAUUGUGCAGGUAUCUGCAACCCUGCAGAUUUAGGCUCCAGAGGUGUAACACCCGGUGCAUUGAACACCAGUAGGUUGUGGUGGCAAGGCCCCCAUUGGUUAGUUAUGGGGAAAAAACAUUGGCCCAAACAAUUAUUGCUUUCUGAUUCACAGGAAAUAGAAGAAGAAAAGAAGAGGGAAACAAAUGCUUUAGCAGUAGCACAAGACUCAGAGAGGCAUUUUGGAAAUAUCAUAGAUGCUAAAAGAUUCAGCACUUUGGCCAAAUUGUACAAGGUUUCUGCAUAUGUGCUGCGCUUUCUUCGAAACAUAAGGCUGUCAAAGGAAGAAAGGCAAACAGAUGGUUUAACUGCAACUGAAAUAUGUGAAGCAGAAGCACAUUGGACCAGAGAUACACAAGAACAAAUGAAGAAAUCAGGUAACUUUAAAUUACUUGCUGUGCAACUAGGCGUUGUAGAAAAGGGCAACAUGUUGAUUUGCAAAGGUAGGCUAAGUAACUCUGAUUUGGACAUAGAAGCAAAAUUUCCAAUUUUAUUACCAAGAGAUAACACAUUUACUGAUCUUGUAAUACAAGAUUGCCACCACAGAGUUGGACACUUAGGUUUGAAGGCAACCCUAGCAGAACUGCGUUCCAGGUUUUGGGUUCCAAGGGGUAGACAAUAUGUAAAAAGAAUUUUGAGCAAGUGUAUUGUGUGUAUUCAUAAACAAGGAAGGCCAUAUAAUAGACCUAUAGAAGGACCCUUGCCAGACUUUAGAGUGAAGGAUGUGCCACCAUUCACAAAUGUUGGUGUUGACUUUGCCGGUCCACUCUUUUACAAGGAUAUAGAUGGUCAGAUGAAGAAAUGUUACAUUGUUCUUUACACCUGUUGUACCUCAAGAGCAUUGCAUCUUGAUUUAGUUAUAGAUUUAUCUGGUCCAGCUUUUCUAAGGAGUCUGCGAAGGUUUACUGCACGUAGAGGUACACCAUCACUCAUUAAUAGUGAUAAUGCUAAAACUUUCAAAUUUGCUGCUAAGUUCCUGAGCACCCUUGCUAAGGAUCCUUCAGUAUUUUCCUUCCUACAGGACAAAAGGAUAACAUGGCGAUUUAAUCUUGAGCGAAGCCCUUGGUGGGGUGGAUAUUUUGAGCGUCUUGUAGGAUCUGUAAAGUCUUGUCUAAGAAAGGUUCUAGGGAAUGCAAGACUUUCCUUGGAUGAAUUAAACACCACACUACUAGAAGUUGAAGGUAUACUUAACUCUAGGCCAUUGACAUAUAUUUAUGAUGAGAUUGGUUAUGAGCCCCUGACACCAAAUCAUUUAUUGCAUGGUAGAAGAUUACCUUUGCUAGCAAAUAAUCUAGAAUUUGAUGCUAAUGAGGUCGAUGAAAAUGCAGCCAUAUGCAAAAAACGGUUUUGGUAUCUCAUUAAAAAGCUCAACCAUUUUGCUUCUCGAUGGAAAAAUGAAUAUCUAGUUGACCUUAGGGAACAUCACAGACAUAGAGGCACAGGGGAAGCAAACAUUCAACGAGGAGACAUUGUUUUGAUAAAAGAAGACAAUUUGAAGCGCAACCAAUGGAAAAUGGGACAAAUUGAAAACCUAAUUCAUGGGAAGGAUGGAGUUAUCAGAGGAGCAAAAGUAAGGACUUGCUCCAAGGGUAAGAAAGAUUAUUUAAAUAGACCUUUACAGAAACUUUUUCCUCUCGAGUUGAAGAAGGAAAGGAAUGAGAAUGGCGAGGAAAGUAAGAAUACCACAGGAGAAAGGGAUGCAAGGAAUGAGAGCCUCAUCAGGGUUAGGCCGCAACGCGCAGCUGCUAAGGAUGCUAGUUGGAAAACCCGCAUUAUGCUUGACGCAUAG